AUCCCGGAUGGCCUCGAUAGUUUGACGCCGGACUCAACCACAAUACCUACUGUAUCUACCGUUUCCAUCGGAGGCCUGCAGAUCCUAGGACAGCCUCUUUUGGAGACCCGAGUUGGACAUAUCUUGCGCAAGACAGCCUAUGCUGUCACUGCUGUGGUACCCAGGCCUUCAACCUACGGGCUGGCAGUAUCCAAGACACAACCAUCAAACAUGCAACACGCAGACUGUCGAUUGGCCUUGUUCUUGAAGGUGGUGCAGUCACCGCGCGCCCACCAGUCACUCACGCAAAUGUCGCCUACGUUUGGCACAAACCGGCGUUCGUCCGUGCAUGUGAAGAUGGCGCUUGUUCGGGGCAAGAUUCAGAUCGGAAAAUCCUCCAGUCGUAGACGGCGGUGGUGUGGCAGCUUAGCCGAUAUCGAGUCAGAUCAACAACCGCCCCCAACCCUGCACCAUUCGACCAGCGACCGCAAUUCUGGUCCGUUUUGA